UUCCGAAAGUUUUCUGACCCUCGUGAGUAACCGCGGGUGGCCAACACAUUUUUAAAAGUGCGCAGGAAGAGCUUCUGCAGCGGACAGAAACGCACAGUGAACGCAGCGAUGUGUCCUGCACCCAAAAUGAUCUGCGUCCUUCUUGUGAUCGCAUCUGCGCUGAUACAAACUGCGACAUCGCGCAACUUCAAUGAAUCUAUCUACAUGGUGACCAUGAGCUCCCAGGUGGUGGGAGGCGGGAUGGAGACUGUGUGUGCCCACGUUCAUGGCCCCACAGAGCCCCUCUCCCUCAGGGUGAUCCUGAAGCUGAAGCAGGCCAACGCCACCCUGCUGGAGGAGACUGGGGUCUCCCAGGACUACUACCGCUGCGUGUCCUUCCAGGUCCCCCCUGUGGGCCGUGAGACUGUGGCCACUCUCCAUGUCUCAGUGACCGGAGAGAAGGACUCCAUGAGCAAGAAGGCCAAGAUCCUCAUCAGACCCUCCACCUUCAUCACCCUCGUCCAGACAGACAAGCCCAUCUACAAACCUGGCCAGAAGGUCCAGUUUCGAAUUGUCUCGCUGGAUUCCAGUUUUGUGCCAUACAAUCAGAUGUUUCAAACUGUGGAGCUUCAGGACCCCAACUCCAACCGCAUCGCUCAGUGGUUGAACCAAUCAACAGUGAGCGGCAUCCUGGACUUGUCCCACCCCACAACACCAGAGGCCACCCAGGGUGCCUACACCAUCACCGCCUGGACUGACAAGGGCAAACAGACCAACCAUUUCUUCGACAUCAAGGAAUAUGUCCUUCCUAAGUACGAGGUGAAGGUCCAGCUACCCAGCGUCAUCACCAUCCUGGACACAGAGGCCACUCUCAGGGUCUGUGGAAAGUACACGUAUGGAAAGCCUGUCCUGGGUUCUGUGAAGGCUGAGGUCUGCAGGAAGAGGGGAUACAGAUACUACUGGCUAUUGGACAGGGAAAUCACCUCUGACAUAUGCAUAAAGUAUGAGAUGACUACGGACAAAAGCGGCUGUGCAACACAAGUGGUGGAUGUGACGCAGUUCAACCUGAACAUGUCAGGCUUCCGGGACAGCUUCCAGGUGCAGGCAGAGAUGGAGGAGUAUGGGACAGAGGUGGUCCUGAAGGGCAGCAGCAGCGCAACAUUCUCCAGCGUGAUCAGAAAGGUCACGUUUGAGGACGCCCCUUCAGCCUACAAGCCAGGCAUCCCCUACCAGGGCAAGAUCAAGGUGGUGGGCCCAGACUCGUCUCCUGCAGCCAACGAGCUGGUCUACCUGUUCCUGCAGACUGGUGCCCCUGUGAAUAACUGGACCCUGACCACAGACAGCAAGGGCAUGGUCCCCUUCUCUCUGGACACCUCCCUUUGGAGUGAACAUGUAUCCCUACAGGCUCGCACCAGGUUUAAAGAGGACAGGCAUCCGUAUGUUAGAGACCAACGCCUUCCAGAGUACGGCUCAGCCCACCACAGUCUCAAGGCCUUCUACUCCAAGAGCAAGAGCUUUGUGAGGAUCCAGCAGGCCAGCCAGACCUUGUCCUGUGAGACAGACGCCACAGUGGGCGCCACCUACAUCAUCAGUGGGGAGGAGCUUAAGGAGGGCCAGAAGACUCUGGACUUCUUCUACAUGGUGAUGUCAAGAGGCAGCGUUGUGCAUCAUGGACGCAUACCUGUGACUGUGACGGAGCAGACAGUAAAUAGAGGGGAGUUGAGUGUACCCCUUCAGAAGAUGGUAGACCUUGCACCCUUCGCCCAGGUGGUUGUGUACACAGUCAUGCCCAGCGGAGAGGCUGUGGCAGACAGCCAGGACUUCCCCAUAAGGCUCUGCCUGAAGAACAAGGUUUCUCUGAGCUUCUCGUUGCCUCAGGAGCUCCCUGGGGAGAAGACGUCCCUGAGCCUGCAGGCUGCGCCUGGCUCUCUCUGCUCCAUCAGGGCCAUCGACCAGUCUGUCCUGCUGCUGAAGCCUGAAAAGGAGCUCAGUGUUAAAUCUGUGUACAAGCUGUUACCAGUCGAUAAGCUGACUGGCUACCACUACUCCUUAGACGACAAUGAACCAUACCCCUGCCUGCCAAUGCCACGAUUGCCUUUCAUGCCAGAACCAGAAGUAGAGCCUACUAUCAUACCAGCUGAAGACCCAUCCAGCCGCAAGAAACGUUCCUUCUAUGAACCUGUUCAAGACAUGAACGACGUCUACAGCAUCUUUAAAGAUGUGGGAAUUAAGAUAAUCACCAACUCCGAGGUGAAAAGACCUUAUGACUGUAUUGGUUAUGCAGUUCAAAUGUCAUAUAAUAGCGAGGCCGAAGGUGACGAUGCAGAUUGUAUGCCAAUGGCCGAAAUGGUUCCAAAAGGUGGUAGAGGAAGAGCAGAAGAAUCGCUGGAGACCGUGCGAACCUACUUCCCUGAGACCUGGAUCUGGGAUCUGGUGCCUGUUGGAGACUCGGGCUCUGUGACGCUAGAGAAGACGGUUCCUGACACCAUCACUAAGUGGGCUGCUGGGGCCUUCUGUACGUCCUCUGUGGGUCUGGGUCUGGCCCCCGACACUGCCCUCACUGCCUUCCAGCCUUUCUUCCUCAGCCUCACCCUGCCCUACUCCGUCAUCCGUGGCGAGGUGUUCAUCCUCCGUGCCACCGUCUUCAACUACCUCUCCAAGUGCAUCAUGGUGAAAGUGACUCUGCCGGAAUCUGACCAGUUUAGCGCCAAGACCUGUGAUGGCUGCCAGUACCAGGUGUGUCUGUGUGCCGACGAGAGCAGAACAUUCCGUUGGAUCAUCACCCCCACUGCCCUCGGGGAGGUGAGUGUGAAGGUGAGUGCAGAGGCUUUGAAGACGGAGGAUCUUUGUGGCAAUGAGGUUGCCACGCUGCCUGAGAAGGGCCGCAUUGACACGGUGAUCCGACCCCUGUUGGUGGAGGCAGAGGGAACCCAGGUUACAUUGAGCCACAACGCUCUGCUCUGCCCUGCAGAGGGUCCAGUAGAGAAGGACAUCUCUCUGAAGCUGCCAGAAGAGUUUGUGGAAGGAUCACCCAAGGCUUCCCUCUCUGUCCUAGGUGACCUGAUGGGUCGAGCCAUGAAGAACCUGGACAGUCUUCUGGCCAUGCCCUAUGGAUGUGGCGAGCAGAACAUGGUUCUGUUUGCACCAAACAUCUACAUCCUGACGUACCUGCAGAGCACCAGGCAACUGACCCCUGAGGUCCAAGACAAGGCCACACACUUCCUGGAGAGUGGCUACCAAAGGGAGCUCAACUAUAAGCAUGAUGAUGGCUCAUAUAGCGCUUUCGGCAAGAGUGAUGAGUCUGGCAACACCUGGCUGACAUCCUUUGUGAUGAAGUCUUUCGGAGGAGCACGGCCCUUCAUCUUUGUUGACCCCGCCCACAUCGCCAAGGCAAAGUCCUGGUUGGCUGGUCUUCAGCAGCCUGAUGGCUGCAUUGCUUCUGUGGGGAAACUCUUCCACAAUGGCAUGAAGGGAGGUGUGAGUGAUGACGUGUCCCUGACUGCCUACAUCACUGCUGCUCUGCUGGAGCUGGGACUCAACACCACUGACCCCAUGGUGGACCGGUGUCUGGCCUGCCUAAAGACGGCAGUGGCUGCCCCACUGGAGAACCUGUACACCACAGCCCUGCUCUCCUACACCUUCUCACUGGCCGGGGACCAGGACACGCGCAGCAAACUCAUCACACACCUGCACCUGAAGGCCAAAACCACAGACGGCACUCGCCACUGGGAGAGAGCUGAGGCUUCUGGGAAGGGCCUGGACUCCAUUGAGGUGGAGAUGACAUCAUACGUGCUGCUGGCGCUGCUCUCGGGACCGGCCAUGGAGGGCUUCGGCCUGGACUACUCAUCCAGCAUCGUCCGCUGGUUGGCCCAGCAACAGAACCCUUAUGGAGGGUUCUCUUCCACACAGGAUACAGUUGUGGCGCUACAGGCCCUGGCCAGGUACGGUGCUGCCACCUACAGUCCAGAGGGAGCCAGUACAGUGGUGGUGACCUCAACUGGGGGCUCGAGGCAAGAGUUCAAGGUGGACCAGCACAACCGCCUGCUGUACCAGGAGUCUCCACUAGGGGAGGUGCCCGGGGACUACAAGAUCAGGGCUGAAGGGAAGAGCUGUGUCUUCCUCCAGAUGGCUCUGCGUUACAACAUCCCUCCUCCUCCGGACUUCUCAGCCUUCAACGUGACGACUGAGGUGUUUGGGUUGUGCAACAUCACCAAACCCUCUCUCAUUGUGACUGUGAAUGUCAGGUACAACGGUCGCCGGAAGGAGACCAACAUGGUCAUUAUCAACGUCAAGCUUCUCUCUGGCUUCAUCCUAGACAAGAGCUCCCUCAGACCUCUGCAAAAGUCCAGCACAGUGAAGCGUGUCGAUGAGGAGGACGGACAUGUUAUCAUCUAUGUCGACGGGCUCAAGCAGCAGGAAACCCAGUCUUACAUCCUGGUCAUCCAGGAGGACCUUCCAGUUAGGAACCUCAAACCUGCUGUGGUCAAGGUCUACGACUACUACCAGACAAGUGACGUGGCGGUUAGCGACUACAGCUCUCCGUGCGCUGAGGGUGAUGACAUCAAUGAGCUCUAGAAUACCUGGAGAAUAUUCUUCUUGCUGAUUGGAGCAGAGAUCAACCAUUUUCUUCCUUUGUAGAAUCAUUGAUUUCUGCCAAGGCCUACAUGUAUGUGAUUAUUCAUGCUUUUGCGUAGUUCCUGAAAACACCCCAACAAAUAGUGGAACUGCAAAGGCCCACUGUAAAAGUGUCAGUGAAUCGGCUAAAGAGUUUUUAGUUUUUAACUGUAGCUACAAUUUUACCUUGUGUUAGAUUUGAUUUAUUGUUGUUGUUUUUUACCAGAAAUGACCCCAUCCACCUAAUCAGAACAAUGUUCAUUUCACAGUUCAUAGUCAAUUUACACCAAUACCAUGUUAGUGUUGCUGAAGUUCUCCCUGGGGCCAACUAGUGACACUGUACUGGGAAUACAUGCUUUAUUACUAUGUUGAAGCAAGACAAGGAAACAUCUAUUCUGGAGCAUCCAUUUACUAGAUCUUAUUGUACAAACUCCAUAGAUUAGAGUACCAUGUGAAAUUAAGAUGAUGCCAAUAACGUCAACAUGACCUGGUCUGGGUUGCUUGACUAAGUGGCAGAGCGACAGGAGCCUGUCACAACAUGUUAUACUCAGUGUGCCAAUCUACUGUGUGCGUGUAUUCUUUGAGUGUGUUCAGAUGUAUGAACACAGGGCAUUGAUUCAACACCCACUGAUGUGUACUGUGACCAAUAAAAUUCUUCAAAGACAAAAAGUUCAUUUUCAA